UGAAUGGUAUAGAAGGCUUUCUUUCUCUUCCAACCCAUUACCAAGGCAACCACUACUUUGUCAUCACUGGGAAAUAUUAUUCUGAAUUCCUUGUUGUCGGUAUAUAUCAAAAUACAUGUGUGCAUGUUAUUCUAAGGUCAAACAAUACAGAAAUUAAGUACAACGGUAUCACAUAUGCAAAUGGAAGUACUAUAACAGAGGUUUUAAAUGAAUACAGUACAAUGCAAGUAUACACGGAGAGUGAUUUUACUGGAACAGAGAUACGGUCUUCUAGAACUGUGAGUGUAUUUAAUGGGAACAAACGCAUUGGUCAGGCAUAUAAAAGAAACCACGCGGCCGAACAGUUACCUCCAAUUGAUAACUGGGGUAACGUCUACGUUACUGCAGCUCCACAAGGUUUUACAUAUGAAUGUAAAAUUAUGUCGGGUUUUCCAAAUACUUUUGUGAAUUACACGUGUUCAACUAACGUAACGGAACAUGUUGAUUUACCAGAGGCUGGCUCUUUCAAAACAUUGACAUUUGGCAAUUCAACCUGUUUCCUGAUUUCAAACAAACCAAUACUCGUAAAUAUAAUCGUAGCAAAUGAUAAUCAACGCCCAUGUUUGAUCACGAUGCCGGCCCUUGAGGAAAUUGAAGGAGAACCGAUGGUAUAUGUACCAGCUGCAAUGGAGAAUGCUCAAUUAGUUAUCGUAACGAAUGUACGAAUUACGGUAAAAUCUGCAAAUGAAACCAUAUCGGAAUACGUCGAGUGUCCCAGUCACAUCAAUACAUGCAUAAUACUGGUGGAAAACUUGAACAGAAAUCAGAUUUACAAGAUUACCCCUAUGAGGCAACCUUUUGUGGUUUCAGUCUAUAUUCAUGGAAUUAAUAUGAAAGGUAGAGGAAUAGGAUAUCCCAUUUUACAACGUACAAAUAAGAAGCAGCAAACGACAACUGAAAAUGCAGACGUCAAGUGUGGAGAAAGUACAGUAUUACCCGGUAGCUCCACUGAGGGUCCUCCCCCGCCACUGGUACUGAAUACAUCGUGCCAAUGUUGUAGCUUUAAGAACUACACUGUAAAUCUGGAAGAGACGUUGAAGCUGCUGAAGGACGAGUUGUACGUCCAUCCGAAAAAGACAACUUUGUACCUCCGCUCUCUCAUCUCCGCUCCAGACCAUAGGGUAGCCUCAAAGGUCAUGGGUUACACGUGUGGAUGUGUUCUUGGAAUUUUUGGAAUUUGUUUGGUAAUCUUAGACAUCGGAAGUCUCCUGGCGAUGUGGGAAAACAUAAAAGGGAAUAUUUGUAAUCAUUAACUUGGUAGAUACAGAUAUAAAUAUUUUUUAUGACUAGAAAAUAACAUUUGCUGUAAUUUGACUUGUAGCAUAAUGUAAGACGUAAUACAUGUACUUAAUUUUAAUCAGCCUUAAUCAUCAACUGAAUCUAAAGAUUCUUGUACUAUUGUAGUAUACGGUGGUAUUGCUGGUUAUAUUGUAAAUGGUGAGGAUUGUCUCAGGAUUAUUUUAGGAACGUUAGAACUGAAUACCUACUGAUGGAACUUGAGAAGAAGCUUAAAAUAGGUGUUCGUGAAAACCAUGAUUGUCCAUGAUCAAGGGGCGGAAAUAUUCAUUAGCCACCAGCACGGAAUAAUUCCUUCCAGCAACUGUCAGACUUCCGACAGGCUAACGAAACCAAGAGUCGACACCAAUUUCCAACUCAAAAUACUCCUUAUCAAACAAACAUAAUUGUACGAUAGUGUCACUAAAAAUCAUAAAGUUAUUAACGAAUCCAGGAACGGAAGGACGACAGCUACGUAAUAAUUUCACAGAUUACAAAUUGACUUAUCUUGCUGGCAUCCGGCCGAAAAAGUGCCUUACCCUACCAGGAACAAGGGGUUUACGAGAAAGUGUUCAAGCAGCCUUCUUAAAUACGCGCUCACCACACGCAGGGGAGAUCGUGUUUAUAUAGUCAUAGCAUUUGAUAAGUCGUUAAACGUAUACAAUGUAAAACUUAAACGAAAUUCAAGUCCAUUUGGAAGUCACAUGAUAUUAUGUGUCUCAAUGGUUGAAAUGAAAAAAAAUAUUGUUUCAUUGUUUGUUGAUUUUAUCAAAACAGUAAUUAUUUAAAGAUACCUACUUUAUUUAUGGUCUACCUUAUGUACAAUUUCAUUUUAAAUAUAGUGUCAAAGGCAUAUGAAAAACAAAUAAAAAAUCGUUAUGUUUCCAUGUGUAUCCUUUUAGCUUCCCUGCAGGUUGAAUGUCAGAAUUGAACCUGUUAUCCCACUCUCCAUGAUUGUAAGAAGUUUCUAAAUUUAGGAUAUAUCUUUUCUUUUUAAAUGUUUCCUCUUCCUAACAUAUCCUUUUUACUUGCCUUAGUUGAGGUUUUUGACAAAAAAAAAGACUUUAUAUACUGUCUUAUGACCGCAACAUAUCAGAGUCUAUCAAUGGUACUUGCUACUCAUUUUUGGAGUGAAAAAACUGGUUUGCCCGUUGUCAGGGUAAUGUGAGCGGAUUGGGUUUACUAUUGAGUGUUUUUGUCAGUAUGUGUCGGUGAAGUAGCAAAAUGAAGUCGGCAUCAACCUUCCAAUACAAACACAGACUCGCCUCAUGCAUGUAGCAGACACGGGAAGCCACCCUUAAAUGGCCUUAGCUGUUGAUAGGACAAUAUAAACAAUACCAAAUCAAACAUUGUAUCAUUUCAGUUCUUAAUCCCUUAGAGACAACAAGCGUGUUAAAAUCGCUAAUAACGAUACCGGACAUUUACAUUAAGUGGCACUUUAAAGCACCUCUUGAAUUUUGGCAUACCAUUAAUAGUUUAUGCCAAAUACCAUUCAACAAACAAACACAGUUUGAUAAUUUACCUUUGUUAUGGUUCCCCCGAACACUGAAAUUAUUCUAAAUGUAAUAUUUAUUGAUUAGUGCUAAUGGUAUGGCGAUUAAAUGGAGUAAAUAUUUCAAUAUUGAAGUUUAAAAAAAAUACACUUCUAAUUGCAGGUGGAAACGUUAUGACUUUUAUUGAUCAAUACUAUUUCGUUACAAUGGAUCUUUUUUUUAUUUUUAAACGCCCUAUUAACAAUUUAUGCAUUUUUGUAGAAAUGCAUUAAUGACACACUGGUUGAUGUUAUUCUAUAUUGAUUAUGUGGCGUAUAGACACAUCAGAAAACAUACGAGCACACUGUAUAUAAUCUUUUGAAAAGAUAACUUCAUUUAAUAUCAAUGGUAUUUACUUUGAUUUUGAUAAUAGGCUUGUGACAGUUCAAUGCUGUCAAAUAUCUCACCAAAAACUGACCAUUCUUCAACGUUUCAAGAUUAUUUUGAAUUACCGCUCGUUGAUCAAAGGUAUUCCUGGGGGCAAUACCGGACAGAGGGAGCGGUUAAACGGGGCCUUGUUUAAAAUUGGAUCACUUAUAAAAACAGUCUGGUUUAUGUUAUCCUGAAAUGACGGGCUGUCCAUCAGUCCGCUCAAAAACCGCAAAUCAACAUUUAAAGGUAUUAUGGCAUCUGCCAGAUAACACAAUGUACACUUCGCCCCUAUUGCAUGAUCGUAAUGUUUUGGGAUCUUCCUUCUAAAUGUUUGUUUUUCUUCCUAACGUCUCCCUUGACUUUGUAAAUAAAUACAAAUGGUAUUUACUACUCCUGCUAAAUGCUAAGCAUAUUAGUAAUGUCAGUCUUAGGGGUUCCAUGGCCAUAUUUCCUAAUAGUGAUUAAAUAUAAUUCCUUCAGGUCGGCCUACACUGUCAACAACCACACGUCUAUUCUCCAUAUUGCCAUUCUGUGUUAUAGGUGAUAUCAUUAC